AUGGGCCUCUUCGGUAAGCUCGCGAGGAAGAAGACGACGACGAAGACGAAGAAGGAGUCCUCGGCGCAGCGCGCGCACAGAGAAGAGAUGCGCGCGCAGCGGGAGGCGUACGACGCGAUGGCCGCGAGAAUCGCCGCGGAGGCGAGGGCUCUGUACGCGAGGAAAGACGCGUGCUUGCGAUGCAACGACGCGUUCGACGCGCUCGAGUCGGACGAAUCAGAGGACGACACGUCGGACGAAGAGUCGGACGAGGACGAGGACGUGGACGUGGAUUCAGAUGACGUGUCGAGCGAGGAGGAUGACACGUCGGACGAGGACGCGUACGACAGCGACGACGACGGAGGAGGACGGAGGUUGAAGAAGAAGACGGCGAAAGACGACGACGACGACGACGACGACGACGACGACGACGACGACGACGCGGCGUCCGAGGACGACGCGGACGAACCCGAGCGCGACGACACGAGACGCGCGUUCGCGGCCGCGAUGACGCUCGUGGACGUGUACCGCGCGGAGCCGAUAUGGUGCUUCCCCCCGCCGAAGCGCGCGAAGAAAGAGGAGCGCGACGCCAUCUACGUCGUCGAAUCCGGAGAGGUGGAUGUCGAGGUGGAGAGAAAGGCGCGUUCUAUACACUGGUCCCCAUACGACCGCGUCGGCGUGGUGAACGCCGAUCCUUAA